GAGGAUCGGAUGGGGCUUAGAUGUGUGAACGGUAUCGAAGUCAGUGGCAGUAAGACGUGCCCAGAAGGCAGCGAGAGAGCGGCCUAGGCCUCGACGAGCAGCCAUGGACCCCAGGGAGACAACAGACCCCUCGGUGCCCCCGGGCCCUUUGACUCACCUGAGCCUGCCGGACAGCUCAGAGGUGCGGCUACAGAGCGACGGGCCCAGUCUCCUGGGGAGUUGGACCAGGUCACCCCCAGAGCAUGCCACCAUCCUAAGAGAAGGUGUGCGCACAUGCCUACAGCAAAGAUGUGAGCAGACUGUGUGGAUCCUGCAUGCCAAGGUGGCUCAGAAAUCCUAUGGAAAUGAGAAGCGGUUCUUCUGUCCUCCGCCCUGUGUCUACCUCGCGGGUCCUGGCUGGAGGGUGAAGCCAAUGCAAGACCAAGCCCACCAGUCUUCAGAGACCGGGCCCACCGUCUGCGGUUACAUGGGACUGGACGGCGCGUCUGGCAGCGCUCCCGAGACCCAGAAGUUGAACUUCGAAGAGCAGCCGGACUCCAGGGAAUUUGGUUGUGCCAAGACCCUGUACAUCUCCGACGCUGACAAGAGGAAGCACUUCCGGCUGGUGCUGCGACUGGUGCUGCGAGGAGGCCGGGAGCUGGGCACUUUCCACAGUCGCCUCAUCAAGGUGAUCUCCAAGCCCUCGCAGAAGAAGCAGUCGCUGAAAAACACAGACCUAUGCAUCUCCUCCGGCUCAAAGGUCUCCCUUUUCAAUCGCCUGCGCUCCCAGACAGUGUCCACGCGCUACCUCUCCGUGGAAGAUGGGGCCUUUGUGGCCAGCGCAAGGCAGUGGGCUGCCUUCACCCUCCACCUGGCUGAUGAGCACUGUUCCCAAGGGGACUUCCCACCCCAGGAAGGUUACAUCCGCUAUGGCUCCCUGGUGCAGCUCGUCUGCACUGUCACGGGCAUCACACUGCCGCCUAUGAUCAUCCGAAAAGUGGCCAAGCAGUGUGCCCUCCUUGACGUGGACGAACCCAUAUCCCAGCUGCACAAGUGUGCCUUCCAGUUUCCAGGUGACACCCCAGGAGGGGCUGGCACCUACUUAUGCCUUGCCACAGAGAAGGUGGUGCGAUUCCAGGCUUCCCUCUGCCCCAAGGAGGCCAACAGGGCGCUGCUCAACGACAGCUCUUGCUGGACCAUCAUUGGCACCGAGUCGGUGGAGUUCUCCUUCAGCACCAGCCUGGCCUGUACUCGGGAGCCGGUCACUCCGGUGCCUCUCAUCAGCACUCUGGAGCUGAGCGGUGGAGGUGAUGUGGCCACGCUGGAGCUGCACGGAGAGAAUUUCCACGCUGGGCUCAAGGUGUGGUUCGGAGACGUGGAGGCAGAAACCAUGUACAGGAGCCCUCGUUCCUUGGUGUGCGUGGUGCCAGACGUGGCGGCCUUCGGCAGCGACUGGCGUUGGCUCCGCACCCCCAUCACCGUGCCCGUGAGCUUGCUGCGCGCAGAUGCGCUCUUCUACCCCAGCCCCUUCUCCUUCACCUACACCCCGGAAUACAGCGCGCGGCCGCGGCUGCCCAAUGCCCAAGAGCCUGCCCCUGAUGCGGACACGCUCCUGGAGAGCAUCCACCACGCGUUCACACGCACCAACUUCCAUCUCUUCUGCCCCACCUAGGCAGUGCCACUGAGGCUGACUCCAGUCCCACAGCUGUCCCUCAGGGGAAAAGAGCAGGAAGGAGAGAGGUACCUCACCUGACCUCAGGCCACUCGCUGUCCUCAGUAACUGUCAUCAAUCAUGAGUGAUAUUCUAAUGUCUUCACUGCGUGGUGUGCUUCCUGUUUUUGUAACCUGAUAGAUGUAUUCUUCUGCCUUUGUCUCUUUUUGGCUCUUCCUGGGUCGGUGGCCAGUUCUGAGGAUCCAGGCCUAGGGGAUUUGCUCUCCAGACACCUGUGUCCCCAUUUGAAAACAAGUUGCUUAAAGUAAGACUAGAAUGUCUAGGGUCCUGGAUCCCAUGAGAUCCCUCUUAGAGCUAGGUGUCUAUCUGACCGUGGUGACACUUCCUAUGGCACCCUUGCCUGGGUUUGGUCUCUGAUCACUAUCCCAUGUCGUUAGUGUCAGGCAAAGGCCUAGGACAGCUCUCUUCACUGUCCCAAGGCCACUUCUCCUUCAGGACCAAAAGGAAGAGCCUAAGGCUAAAAGAUCCUCCUGUUUCCGGGUACAGGUGACUGGGAAACACUGUGCUGGGGACAGGGAUGGCAAGGGGUAAGGGAGGGGGCUGAAUGCUCCCCGGAUUCUGUCCAAGUCAGAGUCUGAUGGAGCUGGCACCUUUAUGACUCUCUGUGGAGAAGAAAUGGGGUUCCAAGGCAGCAGAUACCCUAAGCUUAGAGGCUACCUGGCCACCCUGGCAGCCAGCAACUAGCUAUUCCCCCAUGCCAAGCGUCUUAGUUAGUUAGUGUUUUACUGCUGUGAACAG